UGAGAAAGGAGUUAAUAUAAACUGACUGAUAAUCAGUCAUGCUCAGCCAGCAAGCAAACGAGGAAAAUCCCAAGAAGACCUUACAGAUUUCCAUGGCUUUUGCCUUCUUUUUCACCGUAUGCAAAUGGUAAUGGAUGUGUAAUGUAAGGCAACUAAACUCAUCACCUACCGCUGACAACUACACCCCCUCUUCUCUUAUUAUCUGUUCCCCACCACUCCACAAGAAAAUCGAAAAAUCACUCCUUUCGCCACCUAUUUAUUUACAAUUUCCAUGUCCAUCAUCUCUUUCUCUUUGCCACAACCAACAUCAACAAGGACAAUUGCCUCAACAAAAAAGCCCUUUUCUUCUUGUCAUUUUUGGCUUUGGGUACACAGAAAGCUCCACCCUAUCUUAGAUUUACACUCGCAUUUCCGUCCACUGCAAAGGAAAUCUACUCUUUUUGGUAUAUAGCUUUACUUUUUGACAGCUCGGUUGAUUUGGGUCUCUUAGAGAUGGGUCGCUUCUGACAUUGGUUUCUGGUUUUUUCUAGUUUGAGAUCUGGAUUCUCACGACUGGGAAUGGUUAAGAGGCCUCAAAGAUCUAGACUUUGGAGGCUGCUCUGGUAAAGCUCACUGUAGAGGUGUUGGACGCUGGAAAACCAAAAAUGGCUAAUGAUCUUAACACAGAACUCUCCCAGAAAACUGACAUUUUUGGUCUGAAAGUUUGGGAACUAAUUGGGAUUUCUGUGGCAUUAUUUAUCAUUAUUAUUCUCUCCCUAUUGUCAUUUUGCUUAACUUCGCGGAAGAAGUCAAGAAGAGAUGGAAACAAGCUUCCCCUUAGCCAAAUUCCGACUGUUUCAAAGGAAAUUAAGGAAGUUCGAGUGGAGCAAGUAUCAGCAAAUGAAUUUGUACCUCAUGAUGGGAUUCUCCUCACAAUUCAUGAUAAGACCAGUGACAAAGAAUCAGACAAGGUCAUGGUUCAUCUGGGUAUGGGGAAAACUAAAAAUGGAGACAAUAGCAGUCAAUCAGGGUCUUUUCAUCAUUUAGAGAAAGAUUGUGUAUCGCAAUCAGGUGAAGAAGGGAGUUCAGGCACAGUAACGGUAUACAAGCCUUCUUCUUCGUAUUCUAUUACUGCUCCUUCUCCUUUAAGUGGCCUGCCUGAAUUCUCUCACCUGGGUUGGGGUCAUUGGUUCACUUUGAGGGAUCUUGAGCUGGCAACAAAUAGGUUUUCAAAGGAAAAUGUCCUUGGGGAGGGUGGCUAUGGAGUUGUUUAUCAGGGACAUUUGAUCAAUGGCACUCCUGUGGCAGUGAAAAAGAUCCUGAAUAACUUGGGACAGGCAGAAAAGGAGUUUAGAGCGGAAGUUGAAGCCAUUGGUCACGUGCGCCACAAGAAUUUGGUUCGCCUUCUGGGAUAUUGCGUAGAAGGAACUCACAGAAUGUUGGUUUAUGAAUAUGUCAACAAUGGAAAUCUGGAACAAUGGCUUCAUGGAGCUAUGCGUCAGCAUGGAUAUCUUACUUGGGAAGCCCGCAUGAAGGUUCUUGUUGGCACAGCUAAGGCUCUUGCUUAUUUGCAUGAGGCCAUCGAGCCAAAAGUGGUGCAUCGAGACAUUAAAUCCAGUAAUAUAUUAAUUGAUGAUGACUUUAAUGCCAAGGUUUCUGAUUUUGGCCUAGCUAAGUUGCUUGGAGCUGGCAAAAGCCAUGUCACUACGCGAGUUAUGGGAACCUUUGGUUACGUGGCCCCUGAAUAUGCAAAUACUGGUCUUUUGAAUGAAAAGAGUGAUGUUUAUAGCUUUGGGGUUUUGCUCUUGGAAGCUAUUACUGGAAGAGAUCCUGUAGACUAUGGUCGUCCUGCCCAUGAGGUAAAUCUUGUUGAUUGGCUGAAAAUGAUGGUUGGAAGCAGGCGGUCUGAAGAAGUUGUAGAUCCAAACAUAGAGGUAAAGCCAACGACACGAGCUCUCAAGCGAGCGCUCUUGACUGCUUUGAGGUGUGUUGAUCCUGAUUAUGAAAAAAGACCUAAAAUGGGCCAAGUUGUAAGAAUGCUUGAAUCCGAAGAGUAUCCUAUUCCGAGAGAGGAUCGCAGACAUCGAAGAACACAAAGAGACAGCAUGGAGAUUGAGUCUCAGAAAGAGAAUUCUGACACUGAUCACAGCGAUUAUCCAGGAUCAAGAUCAGAGAGCAGGCGGACGUAAUGAAACAUGGCUUUUAGUAGGAUUUCAGUGGGGAGGAGGGAGAUAAUUCUUAUAAUUUUUUUUCCGACUGUUUAAAUUCUUGGGUUGCCUCCAUACAAGCUGUUGAUAUCUAGGACAUGGGAUGGGAUAGAAGAGAUAUCUUUUUUUUUUUGCCCGGAUUGGUGUUGUGAAGAACCCAUAUCAUUUGGGAGUGUGUGUACAGUAUUGGGUUAGCUUUUUCAAUAUUAUCUGGUGUUUUAGCUAGGACGUGAGAAUGCUAUAAAGUUUAGUGCUCUUUCUUUUCA